CCAGCGUUAAGACUUUGUGGGGAGGGAGAUGCUCACAAUGGAGCAAAUAGAGGCAGCCUUGUACCAGAAGAUGAAGAUAUCUGAGAAAUUAAAUGAGAAGCAGAUGGAAAGAAUGGAGGAACAGGGGAAGACCACACCAUGGACAGAGGACUACAGAAGGAGCACAUCCUCAAGUGGUUUGUGGAGACUCAGGCUGUGCUCAUCUUGUGUGAUGGAAGUUUUCCGCCCUGGUCAGGCUUCAUCUCCAGACAUGAAGCAGAAGAUCAGCUCAGAGACAAGAAUGUUGGUUGCUUUCUUAUCAGACUCAGCGAAAAAGCCAUUGGAUAUAUUCUUUCAUACAAAGGACAGGAUCGUUGUCGCCAUUUCGUCAUAAAUCAAACCAAGACUGGCCUGUUCGUCGUUUCUGGUGAUUCCACCACUCAUAACAGUCUCACAGAGCUGAUCAAUCACUUUAAAACCACACCGAUCCAGCCUUUUGGAGAGUAUCUGACUUCAUAUAACACAGAUAUGGACUCUGUGGAAGAGGAUGGCAAAAAUGAGCUUUAUGAUGUGGUUCAAAAUAACCCCAGAGUCAAUGCGGGUGUUAGCGUUAAGGCUCUAAGAAGUUUAUGGGAACAAACUAGCAAUGUCCCGCACAGCACGCCUCCUGUUCUGUAUUCUAAAAGUGGCCGGAAACUCGCAAUCUCCACCUCUAUUGACAGGAACAGCCUGUCUCAGGGUGCGAAAGUUCCACCAUUGCCAAAGAAGAAUACACCACUUCGGAAUUCCUUAAGCGCCGGGUUUCCUGGUACAAAUUCAUCACAAGAACAGCACAGCUUUUCAGAAUCAAGGACACCUGGAAGGUCAGGUGGCGAUGAGAGAGAAAAUGGCAAAAAAAGCGAUACCUUUGACACAGAGGGCUGCAACUCUCAAUUUAAGUUGCCUCUCCACGAUGAAAACAAUCAGUCUUUAACCUCUAAUUCUUGUAACAUUAUGCCUUCCACCCCUCAACAACCUCCUUUAGCUCCACCCAAAACAGCCUCCUGCUCUUAUGCUGUCCUUGAUCUUAAAAAACGCAAUAGUGGAGCCUGCCGAGUGCCCAAUACUGACCAAGAAGCCCUACAGCCCAACCCACUCUACCAGACCUCAUCUGUGGUGUGUGCUGGAGAGAUGGACCAGCCCGGGCAAGAAUAUGACAACCGUGUAAAGCCCAUUGACAACAUCUUUCUAGCAGAAAACCCCUAUCAAGACAUACCUGAACAACGUGACAGUAAUACCUACGAACACAUUUCUGAGAGCAACACCUAUGAGGACAUCCGAGUGACAGACAGCAACACGUAUGCAAGUUUGGAUGAAAUGCAACCCCACACACCAAGCAUCUUGGGCAAGAAGAAUCAUAAGUGGUGGAAACUUCGACUGGAGAAUAAGAAGUAAUAGUCAUCAAGUGAAUGCAAAAGCUGAGAAAAAUAUUUCAUUUAAUGUUUUCAUUUAAUAUUUCAUUUAAAGUCAUUUGUUAUGCUGGUGUGCACAAUAUACACAUAACUUCAGUACAGUAUGGUUUCUACCCUUACAAAAUACUGAAAUAUUUUAUGCAAAUACAAUGGUACAAUGAGAUGGUUAUGGUAAAACACCUGCUCUGAUUAUAUCUAUCGUUAUGACUGAAUUUCCCACUAUUCUCCCAGGACUUUAUCUUUCAAUGUAGACUAGACCUGCGUAAUUUAGUAUUUUGUAAUUAGUAUAGUGCUCACAGCCUAUUAACAUUUUCUGUAACCCUAAUCCAGCAAUCCACACUGUUUGUAUGAUACAAUAGUCUUUCUCUACACGUCUGAACCCAUAACUGAAUAAAGCAUGGGGAUAAUAUACAAUGAGUGUUCUGUAUGAGGUUAGUAUUGAGUAGACUGACUGCUUUGUGCUUUCUAUCUCCUUUAAAGUGAUGUGCUUCCCUAUUUUAUAUUCAUAUCGAAUAAACUGUAGAAAAAAAGUUUAGAACAGACCUUGUCAUUUUGCCCACCACUAUUGCUAUGUGACCCAUUGCCAAUUUGGAUAAUAGCUGACUUAAUGGAUAGUGAUAUAAUCACAUCUCUGAGCCACUGAGACAUUUCCAAAUGGUUUGGACUUUAAAUAUUGGUCCACUUACAACCUCAUGCCAAUGCAGGUCAACUUUUAAAGGUUUCUUAACAGCCUUAUGCUAUAUAAUAAACUGUGUUUGCAUUUUUUAGCCAUCAAGCUUGAAA